AAUCAAAGGGAUAUGGACUCGAAGCUCAGAAUUGCCUGUGGCCAGUUCACGGUUUCAGCCAAUGUGAGUCACAACUUCCGGGUGAUCCAGAAGCUCGUGCGCCUGGCAGUCGCCCAGAACGCUCGCGUGUUGUUUCUUCCUGAAGCCUCGGACUACCUUUCCAAAAACCCGCAGCACAGCUUCAAGUUGAGCUUGACCACCAAAGACCUUCUUCUCACGCCACUCUCAAACGAGUUGCGCCGGAUCUACAAAGCUUCCACCAGCGAUGACCCGGAUCGUGGCCUCUUUGUGCUGAUUGGCAUCCACGAGCCCGACGUAGCGUCAGGGAAAACCAUUAAUAAACUCUUGUGGCUCAACAACCAGGGAGAGGUACAAUACGCAUAUAGUAAAAUCCACUUGUUUGAUGUGAACAUCAAGAACGGGCCGAUUUUGCGGGAGUCCAACUCGGUGGUUCCUGGGACUGAGGUGCUCCCGCCAUUUGCAGUGCCAGGUACCGGAUUUCAGGUGGGAUACCAAAUUUGCUAUGAUAUUCGGUUUCCGGAAUUGAGCUUGAAACUCUUCAAGUUGGGUGCCAAUGUGUUGACGUUCCCAUCGGCUUUCACUGUCAAGACUGGCGAGGCCCACUGGAAGAACUUGGGCCGUACUCGCGCCAUUGACAACCAAUCGUACGUGGUGAUGGCAGCGCAGUGCGGUGAGCAUCAGUUGGUGGACGACGAUGAUGACGGCGAGGUCACCAAGCGCGUGAGCUACGGAAACUCGCUUAUCAUUGAUCCCUGGGGUGAGGUGAUCGGGGAGGCAAAGAAGUAUGAUGAAGAAUUGACAGUCGAUGCUGAUGGAGACUACUGGGAGGUGGUGGUGGCAGACUUGGAUAUAGAUAGGGUGGAAGCCAUCCGGACGAACAUGCCGUUGUUGGAGCACCGGCGGGAUGAUAUUUUCUAGAACCUAGUGAUAGUGUUUGUCAAAUAAUAUGCCUAUUUGUU